AUGACUGAAAGAGCACGAUCAUCAACACAAAAUGUAUCCUGUAUGCGUUCACAAUCAUUUCGUGAAAGUCGAGAUCGAGUUACUCGAACAGCAAGUGAGCUGCAUCGACAAACAGUUAAUCGUGCUCAACGUCGUUUCGAACAGCAAUUAGCUCAAAGUGAGCGUGAAGUUCAUCGAGCGAUGAGUCAACGACGUGAUUAUUCAUCGUCGCCUGCCGAAAAAGUUCAAGCUACCCAAUAUCUUCAACAUCUUCGAACAACACUUAACAGCGAUUAUGCACAUCUUGUUCAAGACAAGGUUGACGAGGUCGGAAGACAAGUGAACCAACGUCAUUGUGAACAACGACAAAUUGAUAGGCCGAUGGUUGAUCGAAACGUUCAAGAAGCUUUACAAAAAGCUCAAAUUCAAAGUGAAAGAAUGCGUAUUGAAUCAAUCAAUGAAGCAAUACGUGAACGUGAUGCAAUUUGUGAAGAAAAAUUGGCUGCUCAAAAAACUCUUUACAGCCGUCUUCUUGAAGAACAAGCUCGACGUUUACACGCUGAACAAGCACUGCAAACAAAUCUAUCAUCAUCACCCCUUACUGAACACAAUGAUAUGGCUGAAGUAAAAGGUCGAUUAGCACGUGUAGAAUAUGAACAUCGAGAAUUAAAACAAUUAAUGCUUGACUUACGUUCAGAUCUAACGAAUUUAAUUGUACAACAACCGACAUAUAAAUCCACAGUUAAUAUACCGAAUUUUAUUGUUAAAUCAUAA